AGCUCCACUCCCGGCUCCUCUUUUAUUCCACACCGCUCUGCGCUCUGACACAUCCGCGCUGAUAUCAGAUUGAUGGGCCGGUUUGAUUGAAGUCUCUUUGUCGCGCUGAUGUCACUGCGAGUGAUGGAUGAGGCGCGUGCGCCACUAUUGACGCGCGCGCGCACCAACUUCACUCCUGAGCCGAAAACGACCCCAUCCCCUCCUCCUGUACGCACACACACACACAAACACUGCCGUGACCAGCUGACAACUUCUGGCCCGGUCACCAUAGGCGACGAGACACGUGACUCGCGACAGAGGUGAGAAGAAAAGAAGAAGAAGAAAGAAGAAGAGAAGGGUGAAAGAGGGAGAGAGAAAGUCCAAAACAGAAUUUGGAGGAAACUUUGGGUGAUGGCGACGUGAAAACGGAGCACAGGUGAAGACUUUUAUCAACUGCCGCUCUCCCUUCACGCACGGACACGCACCCCCACGGACACAGCAGCGGAGGAUUUAUUCAUGCCUGUUUGGGAUCAUUUGUUGUUAAGAGAAUCUAUUUUUUGAUGGAUUAACCAGAUUUUCCCCCCAUUUUUAGCGAUAGAGUUUGGAAUAAAAGUAAUUUUUGUUUUGGUGUUUUUCCUGGACUUUUUUGUUCGGAUUUUCUGAUUAACGUGUAAAUAUUUUAAAUGGAUUGCGUUGAGUUUGAUCCGGACCUCUGGGUUCCAGAUUCUUGCUGAGACUUCGUGCAGAACCUUCAGCAUAGCGUCCUGGGCCUGCAUGGAAAACAUGAACUCCUUUGUCGAGUUCUCCAUCUGUAAUCGACAAGGAGCCGGGGGUUACUCUGGGCCCAAAGCCGGAUACUCUCAUCCCCUGCGCCAUCACCUUCCGCUGGAGCAGCACCAUGCCUUCUCCGUGACCUCCGGCGGCCUCCACCCGGGCCUGAAUGUGUCCUCCAUCCCGGUUGCUGCGGCGGGUGGAGAUAGCGGCUACACCGCGGAAGGAAGGAUGUACGGGAGCGGAGUGGAGGGCGGGGGGGCCCACGAGCACCCAGGAGCAGGCCACCUUGACCCGCAGCAUCCUUCAGACCAUCUGGAGCAGCAUCAUCACACGUACAACGGCUACCAUCCCCACCACCACCAUCAUCAUCAUCAUGCAAACCUGCAGCAGAACCAAAGCCCUCAGAGUGCGCUGUUGUCUUAUUCCAGCGGGGAUGGGGGCAACACGGGGGUCUUUGCGACACAAGCGUGUCCCCCAAACUCAGAGUUUGUCACGGGCCACGCGAAUUCCAUCCACCCGCAGUAUUUCAUGGAAGACUCCGUGGCCUCUUCCUACUAUCCGCAGCCGACCUUCCCGAGCGCGGCCCCCGCCGUCGGCUCCAGCUACAGCUCUAUUUCCGGGGCCUACUGCGGGCCUCAGGGCACCCCUUCCGCCUCUCAGUACCCGCAGCAGUUAGGUGGGGGCUUGGACGCCAUGGGCUACCUAACGGUCCCGCACCCAGGAGGCUACGGAGACCUCCCUCCGUCCCAGGAUCGAGGGAGAGGGGAUGAGGAUGAAGCGCAGGCCGGCCAGGGACAGACCUUCGAGUGGAUGAAGGUGAAGAGGAAUCCGCCAAAAACAGUUAAAGUGUCCGACUUUGGCGCGCACAACAGCGCCAUGCGCACCAACUUCACCACGCGCCAGCUGACGGAGCUGGAGAAGGAGUUCCACUUCAGCAAGUACCUGACGCGCGCGCGGCGCGUGGAAAUCGCCGCCACACUCGAGCUGAACGAGACGCAGGUGAAAAUAUGGUUCCAGAACAGACGCAUGAAGCAGAAGAAGCGCGAGAGGGAGGGGGCCAGUGCGCGCGCAUCUUCGUCGUCCUCGUGCUCAGAUACCUGUGGCGGCUUCACCAAGGAGGCGGAGGACACGGACCAGUCCUCCCUGUCCACGUCUCCAGGCGCGUCCCCGAGCUCAGAAACGUAGUGUGCGGCCCUGUUUUCAUCAUCCUGACAUGAUGCAGCACCCACGAGCACGGGCCUCAUACCGCUUCAGUCUGAACAUAGUUCCCAGCGGUGGGUCUCAAAUGCCUUUUA